GUCACUCUCAAAGUCAUAUUUCCCAUAGCACAUAGCACAUAGCACAUAGCAUUAGAAAGAGCAUAGAGCAUGAUAUCAAUGCUCCUUCUUGUGUGGCCUUUGUAGCCAGCGCCUCUUUCUUUCUCAUCAACUCAAACCACCACCACUUCACCACCCUCUCUCGUUUCAUUUACUCUCUAGGGUUUCUCAUUCCCCAAUCUCUCAAACGACACCGUUUCAAACACAACUCUUCGUCGUUUACCUUCCGACGCUACUUCUUUCCACUUUUUACCAAUGACCACCGCGCCAGCACCGGUCAAGUCUCAACCACUUCACAACUUCUCUCUCCCUUUCUUGAAAUGGGGCGGCACCGGCAAGAACCACACUAACUCCAACAACCACCAACGUUCCCGUCGUCCACCCGAUCACGCUUCACCUGAGCCUGACUCCGAACCUGACUCCCGUCCUCACCGACUCGGAUCCCGAACCGCUAGGAACCGAUUCGGACUUCCUUCUUCUUCUUCUUCUCACAGACACGCUACGGUGUCUUCCAACCACGAAACCGACGAUGAUGCCGGAGAUAGAAAGCGAGAAGGUGAAGAUGAAGCCGGAGCCGAGGAGAUAGUGCAGAAGCCGUGGAAUUUGAGGCCGAGGAAACCGAUGAUUCCUAGAGGCGCUUUCGAGAUCGGAGCAGGAGGUUCUAGAAACAACCACAACGGUGGAGAAUUGGUUGAAGCGGUUAACAACAACGGCGAUAAUCCGACGCCGAAAUCGCUUCGGCUUAGGGGUUUUGCUGAUACGAGCUGCACUGAGAAGAAGGAGAAGAGGAAAUUCUGGAUCGCACUUUCGAAGGAAGAGAUCGAAGAAGACAUCUUCGUCAUGACUGGUUCUCGGCCCAAUCGUAGGCCCAGGAAGAGGCCCAAGAAUGUUCAGAAACAAAUGGAUAGUGUUUUUCCUGGAUUAUGGUUAGUGGGAAUUACUGCUGAUGCUUAUAGGGUAGCAGAUACACCAACAAAGAGGUAGAGAAGCUGUGAAGUGAAUUGAAGCUUGUAAAUGGGGCAUGGGACUGAGGUAUAAAAGUGAAGAAUUUUGUAAAGAGAAAAUGAGAAGGAAAUGUUGGAUAUUUUGGAUGAAUGGAAUUGGAGAAGAUUGAAGAUGAUAAUUCCCUUGCUUUUGUUGGUUUUAUUUUAACAAGGGUUUAUUUAGUUAUUUAUUUUUACUUGUUCAUCGUAGUGGUAGUAAUCUAUAGCUGGAAGGAAAGAAAUAUAUAUAAGUAUAUAUAGUUUAAUUAAUUGAGUAAGAGUCUAUUACUGUUACCUUCACCCAAAAAAAGUCUUUUUACUAUUACAAUUAUAAUCUCAGAGCUUUUGUUUGGAAUUUUGCUGUUUUGGGGGGGAUUUAUAUUAAUUCUGAUGCUUCAACUUGCUUUUGGUGUUUGACAGGCUUGUAGCAAGCUUGUAGUAAAUUUUGCAAAGCCUCUUUAUAGUUCUUGCUUCCUUGCUCCAGAAGAGGCCUUUGUCACAAGAAAAGAAACCCAUCAUGAGGUUGAAUUAGUUUCUAUAUAAUGAUGACUACUUAUGUUUUUUUG